AUGAGAAUCAAGGCAGAGGAAGCACGCAAGGCCAAGGCUAAGCUGAACGCAAAAAGCAAAGUUAAUAAGAUGAUUAAGAUGGAGGCCUUAAAGCAGGACGCCCAAGAGUUCGACAGGAUUGUUGAGAGGGUCACAAAGCCAGAGGUAAAGUCGGAGCCAGAAGUCCCUAAACCAGCUCCCGAGCCAGUCCCCGAACCAGCCCCUAAGGCCGCGCCUAAGAAAAAGAUAAAAAAAAUCAUAUAUGAGGAGGAUGAUGACAGCGAUGAGUAUGAGGAGGUGGUGGUCAGGAGAAGACGUGACAGAGCCCCCAGAGUGGCAACCCAUUAUGACGACGAAAGAGAGAUUGGAGCACUAGCAAAGCAGGCAGUUAAUCAACAGCUAAGGCAAAGGGUGAAUCAGGAGCGCGCUAAGUAUAUAAGUAACCUGUUGGCUCCUGAAUAUUACUAA